UUGCUUUUGACCUCCCCCCUUCCUGACAAGGAGAAAUAAAUAUAAGGUCAGCAUUGAUAACAGAAUCACAGUGUUAGAUUUUCUCAUGGGAAUGUCACAAUGGCGUGGAUGAUUACUGCUACAGUUUUCCUGACAGAGAUAAUAGGUGCACUCUGUUUUAAUAUCAAUCCUGUGGCCUGGAAGACCCUGGAGAAAGAUGCUGCAGGUUUUGGAUACCAGAUAGUGCAGAGAAACAGAGACCUGCUGGUCAGCGCUCCCCUCGAGCAGCAUCAGUCUGCAGAAAGGGGGCAGAUAUUUAAGUGCACCACCACUGACUGCAAUCCACUGCCAUUAAGAACACCAGACUUUGCUGUCAACAUGUCCCUUGGUUUGACGAUGACGAGUGAUCCUGCCACACAAAACACACUGGUUUGCGGACCAACCAUCCCAAAAGACUGCGAAACUAUAACCAUGUAUGACGGUGUAUGCCUAGAGAUAGGCACAAAUAAUGCUGUCCUAGGCUCAAUGCCCUCAUCUGGGAAAGAGUGUCAAAACCAAGCGGACAUUACUUUCCUCAUGGAUGGCUCAGGCAGUGUCUAUGGUCCAGAUUUUAAUGAAAUGAAGAAUUUUGUGAUGGAUAUUUGUAAUGCGUUGCCAAGUAGAUUGGUAAAGUUUGCUAUUGUCCAGUUCUCUGAUAGCUUCCGGAUCCAUUCUUAUUUAACCACAAUUGAUCCUUCAACACUGCUGCAGCAAAUGAGGCAAAUUAGACAGCUUGGGGGUUAUACUUAUACAGCGACUGCAAUCCGCCGUGUUGUCAAUGAGGUCUUCAUAGAGAGCCAAGGGUCAAGGAAAAAUGUGAAGAAAAUACUGAUUGUCAUUACAGAUGGACAAUCUAAUGAUCCUUCUAGCUUGACCAAUGCUGUCAAUUUAGCACAAAGCAAAAAAAUAGUUCGAUUUGCUAUUGGGGUGGGGUCGGCAUUCAGUUCACGAGCUGCAAUACAUGAACUGAACACAAUUGCAUCCUCCCCGUCAUCAGACCAUGUGUUUCAAGUGCAAAGCUUCAAUGCUCUUCAAAAAAUAAGACAAACCUUGCAGGACAAAAUCUUCUCUAUCGAAGGAUCUAAGACAUCUGGAGAAACAGUGAAAAGAGAAAUGUCUCAGGGUGGAUUCAGUGCAGCUUAUUCCCCCGAGGGAAUAAAGAUGAGCAUUGUUGGUGCAAACCAGUGGAAGGGAGGUUUCGAUCGAUACACAGCUGAUUACCAAUUCAGGAACUCCUAUGAGCCCAGCUUUAUGGCGUCUGACAGUUACCUUGGUUACUCCAUGGCAGUGGCUAAAACCAUGAGAGGUUCACUGACAAUUGUUGGAGCCCCAAGAUAUAAACACAGAGGAGCUGUGAUAGCAGUUCAGGAAAACAAUAUCAAUCAAAUGAUCGACCCAUAUCCAUGGCAGUUUCAGAGCGGGGAAUAUUUUGGAGCAGAGGUUUGUGCAAUGAAUCUGGAUCGUGACAGCUACACAGAUCUAGUCCUCAUCUCAGCCCCGAUGUACAUUGAAGAUGACAGAGAGGGGAGAGUCUAUGUCUGUCACUUAAGUGGACUGAGUUUGGACUGUCACUUGGACUCUCCAUUACUACUGAGAGGGGCUGCAUCCAACAAAGGAAGGUUUGGCUCUUCUCUUGCCGUAUUGCCAGAUCUGCAUAGAGAUAAGUUCAAUGAUUUGGCUGUUGGAGCACCUUUGGAAAACGACGGUACUGGCAGUAUCUACAUAUUCCAUGGCGAGGGAGGGAUAAGAGGGAUAAAUCCUGAUUUCUCACAGAGAAUCACUGGCUCUGAAGUUCAGUCAGGACUGAAGUUCUUUGGCACGUCAAUCAGCAAGUCAUCUUUUGACCAAAGCGGGGACAAGCUGCCGGACUUAGCGGUGGGAUCGAAGGGCAAAGUUGUUCUUCUAAGAUCAAAGCCAAUAGUAAUGGUGGAAGCUGGGGUGACAUACAACCCUAAACAAAUCCCCACUCAAGACGCAACCUCAGACUGCUCAGUGCCCUUGAGGAACACGGCUCAGAUCUGUUUUUCCAUGAGAAAAAUCUCAGAAGUCAAUAGAGCUCAAGCAAGUAUCAACUUUACUUUAACGCUUGAUGCCACCCGCAAGAUACCAAAUAACCGAGCUUUCAUCAGUGACAAAGUACAAGAGAAGACUGGAUCAAUUAGUCUUAAUUUAGUACAACCACAAUGCCGAGAUGUUGUCUUUUUUGUGAAGGCUUGUCCAGAGGAUGCUUUAAAUGAACUUCGCAAUGAGCUCGCAUUCACCUUUGAAGGCGUGCCAAAUGGAGGUCUGAGCCCCAGUCUUUCCCAGCAGACUCAGACUUCAGCCUUCUAUCCUUUAGGAUUUGAGAUCAACUGCGGCACUGAUGACAAAUGUGUAGAUAACCUGAAAGUGGAUAUCAGCUUUGGCAAGUCAUCAGUGGUUAAAGUCGGCAUUGAUGAACUUCUAGAUGUCACCGUCACAGUAACAAACAGGGGAGAAAACUCCUACAAUACUCGUGUCAUUCUUACAUAUCCAGCUGGGCUUUCCUACAGGAAGAUUGCACCUCAGCAGGGGAGAAUUGAGUGCAAUUCUUUGGACAGUGAGACUGGAUUAUCACGAGGAACGACAGACUGCACUAUCAACCAGCCCAUCCUCAGGACUGGUGCUACGGCUGUUGUCAUCAUCUCCUAUGGGAUUGACAGCAACAGUCAACUUAACAACAACAUAUUUUUCACUGCAAAUGCAACAAGUGGGAAUCAGGACCACUCUGACUCUAGUGAACCCUACGCAAGGAGAGACAUUGAUGUGAAAUACAGCAUUUUUGCUACGAUACAGAGCUCCCUCAGCUACACCAAUUUCUCCUAUGGAAAAAAUGACUUGCAGAAACCAGUCCAGCAAUCCAUUUUGGUUGCAAAUGAUGUCCGAGCUCUGAAUUUCACUGUCGUGAUUAAGGUGCCAGUGAAGCUUGGAGAAAAAGACAUCUGGGUUGAUUCAAGUAGUUUUCAGAUCCAAGAGUGCCAAAGAGAAAAAGAUGAGGAACCUAAAGUCACAGAUUUUGUCGAACAAAUAAAGAAAACUAAGAUAGUGGACUGCUCUGUAGCCAAAUGUGGUGUGUUUAAGUGCAGAACGUUCAUGGUAGGACUGGAGAAGAAAAAGUAUCAAAUCUCUGCCAACCUCAGCUCUGGAUGGAUAGAACAGAUCGGCCUUGAAUCUGCCAAAUUCAUCUUGACUAGCACAGCCACUCUGGAUUACGACAAAGACCAGUACAUCUUCAUUUCAACAGGGUCAAAUAACAACCCCCCUAUCAGAAAGAUCGAGGCAGAGGUAGAGGUGUAUCCUGAACCUGACUUCACCAAAGAGAUUGUGGGAGGGUCUGUGGGAGGACUGGUUCUACUGGCUUUGAUCACUGCUGGUCUGUAUAAGGCUGGAUUUUUCAAGAGUAAAUACCAACAGAUGAUGAGUGAUGAAGCAGGAAAGGGAGGGAGUCCAGGUGGUGAUGAAGGCGCUCCUCCACCAGAAUAACUUUAGAAAUGUUUCUGUUUUUGUAAUUCUGCAAGCUGAUUAUUUUUGUUGUGUAUAAUUUGUUUUAUAAAAAAUGUCUCAACUGUUGUUUGUAUUCACAUAUUGUAGUGUACUGUAAAAUAAGACAAUAUUGAUGCUCUCUUGCUAAAAAUGCAUAUGUAAUGCAGCUAUGACUGACAAAGUGAGCUGCUUUACGGAUAAUCACAACAUUUAAAAAAAAGAUCAAUGCCUCUGUAAUUUAUAAAAAAGAGACUUUUUUGGGCUUUAUUAAUAUUUAUUAUAUUUGUGAUUAAAAAUAGAACUAUGUCAUUUAACUUCAUUGUCACAUCCUUGUGUUGAAAGAACAACAAAGGUACAGCAGAAUAAGUUACAUGAAAGUUUGAAGGCAGAACUUGUCUUUUAAGUGCAAUAAUGGACAAAAUGUCUGCUGAGGUAGACCUAAUGUCAAUACAACAGGAAGACUGAAGCAAAAGGGACAGCCAGAGAGAAAAAAAUAAGGAAAUUGAGAAACUUGGUGCUUUUCCUGUAGCUGCAGGAGUCAGCAUGUCGCCAACUGUCUUCUUUAAAAAGGAGCCGAAUCUUGAAGUUUUAGCGAAGACCUGAAUGUCAGCACGGGCAGAUUUACUUCCACUCACAGAGACAACAGCCACCUGGAACCAGAGGAGUCUGACUUGCAAAGCAAUGGGCCACCCUGAUCCCCCUGUGUUAAAGAAAAAGAUGUUACAAAAGAAGAAACAA